UGUAGAACAGCUCUGAGAACGAAGGAGGAGACGAGGAGUUCGUGGAGAAGGAGCUCUAUCUCCUGCUCUCCUGCUGGAUUACUGACUCCACUCUCCUCCCAGCACCUCCCGACUCAGGAGGAGCAGGAGGAGGAGAGGGAGGUGCACGAUGGCUGAGCCCCUGCUGAAGAGGACCUUCUCCAGGCUGAGAGGCAGAGACAGAAGCCGCAGGAAGACCGACCCCAAACUGAGCGAGGCUCCAGUCCGGCCCGACAAUAUCUUCCAGUCCUCUUCCUCACCAUCGUCGGCAACACUUACAGACCCCGACCCCCCAUCGCCUCCUCGAAACCACAUCACAGUGGCGAAGAAACAGCAGUGGGCACGUCAGGGCUCUGCAGCUCCACCCACCUUCUUGACCUCAAGCUCCACCAUCAGACUGUCAGACCAGGAGAGACCCACAGGGAUAUCCCAGGAUGCAUCUGGGCAGGCCUUGAGCCAUAGGCUGGUGCAAGACAAGAUGCAGCAGUGUGCUGACAGGAUGUGCACCAGUCUGGCCUGGGAUAAGACCAGUGCCUCCUGUGUUAGCACAACAAUGCAACAGGAAUCCUACUACCCAGCAGGGGACCCCACUGAAUCUCCCUCCACCUCCGUCAGUGCCAAGCUGUCUGGCCAGCGUGCCUACCUGCAGAGCCUGGAUCGCAGCAGCCGAGCCUGGGUGCUUUCCUCAGGAAAGACUUCAGAUGAAGUGUGCGACCCUCAGGAGGACAGUGGCAGCAACAUCUGGUACAACCCGAUCCCUGAGGAGGAGGACUUAGGAGGUCUACGCCGGGACGAGGAUGUAUGGAAGCGGAGGGCAAAAAAAGAUGAGCCUAGUGCUGGAACAGACAUUGGCGGAGGUUGUAGCAGUGACAGUCCACUGGAGGACUUUCAGUGCUCCAGCCUCCCCAAUCCAAGUGUCAGUCAUCACAUCGAUGACAUCAAAGCAGAAAAUACAGACUCUCCUCCAGACUCUAGUCCCGCCUCCCAAAAGAAAGGGGGGAUGUCAGGAAGUAUGAUUGACAGGUUGAGGUCUCCUGGUACGGUAAGAAAACUCUCUCUAAAGAUGAAGAAACUUCCCGAGCUGCGACGAAAACUCAGCCUCCGCUCAUCUUCUCGGGCCCAUCGGCAAACAAAUGACAAUAGAGGAUGCGGAGAGGAGUCGGCUGGUAAGAGCACGGCAUCAUUAUUGGCGCUCUCCAACCAGAACGUGAUCAGCAAGUAUCAUCUGGACAGCUCCACCUCUCCAGCCCGACCACAGCGACGGUCAUCAAGAGGAUGUUCAGCCAGUAAAGGAGGGUAUCUUAGUGACGGGGACUCCCCUGAACUACUGCCACGACAGCAGCCCUCUCAACACGUGACCACCCAGGAUGGGCCCUGUGACGUCAGCUCAUUCCAGCUGUACGUGGGCUCCGACCCGCCGAGAUGCAGCCAACGGGUGACGGGUUUACUGACAGUCCACUUGCUGGGGCUGGAAGAGAUGAAGACCAGCAGGUCAGAGGGCAGUAAGGAAGUCUUCCUGGCGAUACAGAUUGAUGGGGUGACGAGAGCGCGGACUGCCCUCCUGAUGCUGCGAGGCUCGGCCCUCCCCUUAAACCACACUUUCCACCUGGAGCUAGAGCGAGCCAGGCAGCUCCGCAUAGUGGUAUUAACGCCAGUCUGUGCACCCAAAACAACAUCCGAGCAGAGUCCCAACUCAGGUGGUCCAACUAGAAACCGGGUGUGCGGUCUGGGUGGGGUCUCCAUCCCCCCUCUCUUCAAAGGGAGUCGCUGUCAGCAGCUCUGUGUGAAGCUGGAGCCCAGAGGACUUCUCUAUAUCAAACUGUCUCUGCAGGAGAAAUGGGACACACAGCCCAACGGCGACGCGUCCACCCCGUCCUCUGUGUUUGGGGUUGAGCUCCACCACCUGGUGGAGAAAGAGGGCUCUGCAACUCCCGUCCCCCUGCUGAUCCAGAAAACAGUGGCAGAGAUCGAACGACGGGGACUGAAGGUGGUAGGUCUUUACAGGCUCUGUGGCUCUGCUGCGGUGAAGAAGGAGCUCAGGGAUUGGUUCGAGAGGAACAGCUCAGCAGUUUGUCUGUCUGAGGACCUCUACCCUGACAUCAACGUAAUCACAGGGAUUCUAAAGGACUACCUGCGGGAGCUGCCAUCCCCCCUCAUCACUAGGACUCUGUACCAGGUGGUCCGGGAGGCCAUGACCCUACGACCCCCACCUGUCCAACCUGCAACACCUGAUCCCCAACUGUCCCAAAGGACCGUGGAGCUGCUGUCCUGUCUGCCACCUCCAGAAAGGGCCACUCUGUUGCUCCUGCUCGACCACCUCAGCCUCGUAGCAUCUUUCAGCGCCGCCAACAGGAUGACUCAUCAGAACCUUGCCGUGUGCUUCGGGCCUGUGCUCCUCACGCCAACCCAAGAUGCGUGGAGGGGGGGAGGAGGGAAGUCGGGAAGAGGAUCAACGAAGGGUUUCUAUCAUGGCGAGGAGAUGGCGAGCGCAGUGGACUUCAAACGGCACAUCGAAGCGCUGCACUACCUGCUGCAGCUGUGGCCAGUGCCGACUCACCGAGCACCAGCCGACGCCAAUGCCUCACCUCCUCCCUCCUCCACCCCUCACCAGAAUCCUUUGGUGCAGCAACAGCGGCAUCCUGCGUUGCGCCUGGCUCUACCACAGAGCCCUGAAGAGGAGGUGGUGGUGUCACGGCGAGGGCGUGGCGGUGUGGCCCGGCUGGAGAGUCCACCGCCAAUCAACAGGUACGCGGGAGACUGGAGCGUUUGCGGACAAGAGUUUCUGACUGGGCAGGAUGCCGAUUACGAUGAGGUGGCAGGAAGUGAGAGCGAUGCAGGGAGUGAUGAUGAAGACGAGGAGGAGAAGAAGAGGGCAUGGCCAACAGGAGGGGGCGGAGCUCUGUACAUGGAUGACUUCCUGGACUUUGACGCUCCGUUUAACUGUCGGCUCAGCCUGAAGGACUUUGACACGCUAAUCCACGACCUGGACCGCGAGCUCGCCAAACAGAUCUGUCUGUAGAGAAGGAGAAGCAGGAGGAGGAGCAGGAGGAGGAGCAGGAGGAGAAGCAGGAGAAGGAGCAGGAGGAGGAGCAGGAGGAGAAGCAGGAGGAGGAGCAGGAGGAAGAUCUGACCUCGUUAAAUUUCAGAUCUUCAGUGCUUAAAUGAAACUACAAUGAUGUUUGUGUGGGAAAGCAGAUCAGCUGUUAGCUUGACCUCUGACCUUUUACUCCAUAGCUGUUUUCAGCAAUGAGAGCAGAAUAACUUUUCAUGGCAACAGGGAUGAACAUUAAUAAUCGCUCAAAGUUCAGAGUUCAUCAAAGAAACUUUUUAUAACUUUGUGAAUUAUAAUUAAUGUUGAAUUAUUUAAUGUAAUGAAAAAACACCUGACGUGUUUAUUUUCGGACUUUUAAAAAAGAGAGAAGAGUCAUUUUACUCUGCAACACAUUUCAAAAGCAAACAUAAAAAAAAAAUGAAAACAUUUCUUGUAAUAAUAAAAAAUAAAUAAUUAGCAUGAAAAGAAAAACCUGAACUAAUCUCGGUGCUGGUAAAAUAUGAGUUUUGUAUUUCUCUGUUUUGGGCCUUAAAGAAGAAUAUUCGAGUUAAAAUAAAUGAAAUAAAUAGUUAUCUGAAAAAAUGGGAAAUGUUCUCAUUACCAUGACUUUAAAGUCUUUUUCAUUGUGAGAGUGUUUAUACUGAUUAACUAUAAAGUUAAAAAAGGAAACAAUUACAUUUGUGACCUUUAAAUCAUCUAAACUCAUACAACCCUCCAUUAUCCCAUCAUCAGGGCUCAAAGUACCAAUGUUCUCAUUCCUUAAAUGAUAGAAGAUAAUCUUUAAAUACGGGCAAACUAUAAUCUGAAAAAGGUGAUCACGGUGAUGAAGGUUCUCAAAUCAAGUUUCAUUCAAAGCGUUUCUUUGGUGAAGUCUGAAGGUGAGGCUACGUCGCUCUUUAAACUGAUUAAAUCAGCUGCUCAGGACGUCUUGAAGGAGGCGCUGUGCCUAGAACCAAACAGGAACUCAAAGCGUGGACGGUGACGGUCUCAGGGUGAGUCUAACGUUGAAACCAAAGUAUGUGCCUCAGAGCCUGUGAGCUAACAUUAGCUCACAAAGUCCAGUAAUCAGUGACAUCACCAAACGAGCAGCUCUCAGCAGAGUCUGCACGAGGCUUCACGGGGGGGCGGCAGCAGAGCGCCAGGUCAGGUUAGACAGUACGCAUGCUGGGGUUAUUAAUAACAACUGCUCUCUGAGGUCGUGGAGCUCCGAGUUCAGGCGUGCCGUUCAGAGCCCCAAACUGUCAACAAACUUUGGCCCUGACUGCAGCUUCAGUGUGAAGAAUGGGUUCUCUGAGGCGUGGAGGAGGUACAGGAACCUCCUCACAGCAGCGAGCACCGGAUGUCUGGGUAUCAGGGCUGGACCUCGGAGGAUCUGGUGUUGGACUGUUUGCACUGUUGAAGCCAUAAUUUCUGUUUUGAUGGUACAGAGUUUCUCACUGUGAGUUUGUGAAGUUUGAAGCUCUUUUCUCCUUGUUGUUGCUGACAGUAUUAUUAUUAUUAUUAUUAUUAUUAUUGUUGUUGUUGUUGUUCUUGUUACUCUGUUUUGCACAUCUUCAAUAAGCACUUGUGUUUUUUACAAUGAAGACGACGUUUGUCUGCAGAUGAAGUAAGCAAAGUGAUGAAGCACAGUUCCUGUUGGAACAGAACACAGUCUGUAUGUCUUAUUACCCCAAACAGCUAUUAAACACCUUAUUAAUGAA